AUGGCAGAAGGCCUUUCCAAAGAUGAAAUCAUCAGCUCUUUUUGCGGUAUCACGGGCGUCUCGUCCUCCGAGGCCACCGACUUUCUAGAUGCGGCCGACUGGGACGCUGAUGCCGCCCUCGCCGAGUUCUAUCAGAGCCAAGAAGAUGCCACUUCAGGAGCAGCUGCUGCUUCUGGGGCCGCUGCCCCAGCUGCAGGCGCGGCCGCCGCCACCGAUGCUUCCUACACAGGUCCCCGCACCCUCGAUGGCCGACCUGCCCCGCAGUCGUAUUCCAACUCCGGGUCCUCCUCCCGCGCCGCCUCGACCUCCUCCCGGCAACCCCAGCCGAAGCGAAAGGGUUUGAUGACAAUGAGCUCGCUGCAGAACAGCAGCGGCAGCGGCAGUGGCCACGGCCAUGGGCAUGCCCACGACGACGACGACGACAACUACGAUAGCGACGACGAAGACGACAAGCGCGGCCGCGGCGACCUGUUUGCCGGUGGCGAGAAGUCUGGCCUGGCUGUCCAGGACCCGACCGUGGGCGGUCCCUCGAGCGAUGCCCGCCGCGUCAUGCGCGAUAUUGUGGCCAAAGCAAAGGCACAAGCCGGAGAGACGCCUGGCCCAUCGCAGCCGCCACCGUCGCGCUUUCGGGGCUCGGGCCAGACGCUGGGCGGCGAGGGUGCCGAAUCACGCACGAUCCCGGAUCCGGCAGCGGCUGCGUCAGGUCGGCCGAGUGCGGCAGCAGCGGCCGACGCACCCGCUGAGCAGCGCGUCCUGCAUAUCUGGCAGGACGGCUUUAGCGUUGACGACGGCCCGCUGCACCGCUACGACGACCCCCAGAACGCCGCCGAUCUGCAGAUGAUCCGCCAGGGCCGCGCGCCGCUGCACCUGAUGAACGUUCCCUUUGCCCAGGCCGUCGACAUCAAGCUGCACGAGCAUGAGGAGAACUGGCAUCAGCUGCCGCGUGUGUACCGUCCCUUUGCGGGCGAGGGCCACCGUCUGGGCAGCCCUGUGCCGGGCGCCCCGACGACUGCUGCUGCUGCUGGUAGUAUCGACGCUGUGGCCUCGGGUCCUGCGUCGUCCUCCGCGCCAGCCGCAACCACGUCGAAUCCCAACCCCACCACCCACGUCGACGAGAACCUCCCGACGGUCAACCUCCGCGUGCAGCUGCCCGACGGCACCCGGCUGCCGGCGCGCUUCAACACGACCCAGACCAUAAGCGACGUCUACGACUUUGUGCAACGGGCCCUACCGGCCUCGUCGACGCAGGGCCGCGCGUGGGUGCUGGCGACCACGUUCCCCAACAAGGAGCACACGGACAAGUCGCUGGUGCUGGGCGAGACGGACGAGUUCAAGCGGGGCGGUGCAGCGGUUGUGAAGUGGGUGUAG